AUGGUGUCCUGUUGGAAACCCUCUGCAGUUGAUGAUGGACUUCGGCGUGGUGGCAGUGAAGCCAGUGGACGUGUUGAUGGGUUGUUGUGGUACAAGGACUUGGGGCAGCAUGCUUGGGGAGAAUUUUCAAUGGCUGUCAUUCAAGCCAAUUCCGUUUUGGAGGAUCAAAGCCAAAUCGAAUCCGGUCCCCUGAGUUCAACAAAAUCUGGUCCUGUGGGGACCUUUGUUGGUGUUUAUGAUGGGCAUGGAGGGCCUGAGGCUUCAACGUAUGUCAAUGAAAAUCUCUUCUGCAAUCUUCAGAGAAUUGCAGCUGAGCAUAGGGCCAUAUCAGAACAUGUUAUCAAGAAGGCUUACUUGGCCACAGAGGAGAAUUUUCUCUCCAUGGUGAAGAAAAAGUGGCUAAACAAGCCACAGAUUGCAUCUGCAGGAACAUGUUGUUUGGUUGGGAUACUUUGCAAUGGACUGCUUUACACAGCAAAUGUUGGGGACUCUCGGGUGGUUUUAGGAAAAAUCGAAAAGGCGACGAAAGAGGUCAUAGCCAUUCAAUUAUCUACAGAGCACAAUGCAAGUAUAGAAUCUGUGAGAGAUGAGGUCAAGUCAAUGCAUCCAUAUGAUCCAAAGAUUGUGGUUUUGAGGCACAGAGUUUGGCGUGUGAAGGGCCUCAUACAGGUUACAAGAUCCCUUGGUGAUGCAUAUUUAAAGAAUGCAGAGUUCAACAGAGAGCCUCUACCCCUAAAGUUUAGGCUGCCUGAACCUUUCCUCAAGCCAAUUCUCAUCCCCGAACCGUCCAUAUCGGUGCUUAAACUCUGCCCUGAAGAUCAGUUUCUCAUAUUUGCUUCUGAUGGUCUGUGGGAGCAUCUCAGCAACCAGGAGGCUGUGGACAUUGUCAAUAGUUACCCACGUAAAGGAAUAGCGAGGAAGCUUGUUGAAGCUGCACUUCAGGAAGCAGCCAAGAAGAGAGAAGUGAGGUACUCGGACUUGAGAAAGAUUGAAAGAGGAGUGAGAAGACAUUUUCAUGACGACAUCAGUGUUGUGGUGGUGUUUCUAAGCACAAGAUUGAAAGGUGCAGCCUCCCCACGCAAAACUCAAUUUUCAUUAAAACCCAACAUCUAG